CGUUGGAUGGAGGGAGGAGGUAAGAGACUAGAAGCAGCCGGCAACAACCACUCUCUCACCGGCGUCCACCCAGGAAGGACGACUCUUCCUGUUGCAAUGUUGGCGAGUAACUCCCUGUUUGUGUGUGUGUUGACUCUGACUGCUGCUGUGAGCCAUGGGGGCUACAUAAUCACCACGCCAAGACAGUGGGUGUCAGGAGCUCCUGCCCAGGUAUGUGUCUACGUGGACAACCCUUCUGCUCCAGAAGGUAAGCUGACCUUCGCUGUGACGGCUUAUGACUGGCAACAAGUUGAUGCAGAUCGGAACGUCACCGUUGUUCCGAACACUUCUAUCCUGAUUCCUGGAGGGAAGACUGAGAAGUGCUAUGAAGUCGCAGUGCCAAGUUCGACAUAUUACUACGGUCACCUGCACAUCUUUGGCAGUGUGGCUGGUGUUAACAUCAGUCGUACAGUGAGUAUAUCUUUGAAGAGCUCCAACCAGGUUACCUUCAUCCAGACUGACAAGUACCUCUACGAGCCUGGCGAGAACGUCAAGUUCAGAAUUCUCACAGUGACUGGACCUUAUUUAAACGUCUCUACUGACCAGUAUCCGUUGGUAUGGAUCGAAACUCCUUCGCGCACACGUAUCGCUCAGUGGAAGACAGUUGACAACACUGCCGGCCUCGUCCACCUCGACUUCGACCUCGCUGAUGAACCCGAGAAGGGAUUGUACACUAUCUACGUGGACACUCAAGAGGAGUCACACUCGACCACAAACUUUAAGGUGGAGGACUUUGUGUUGCCUCGCUUUGAAGUGACAUUGAAGCCACCCAGCUACAUCUUGGCCACUGAUGAGUCCUUCACCUUCACAGUGUGUGCCAAUUAUACGUUUGGUCAACCUGUGAAGGGCAACCUCUCGCUAACAGUCAUCAACAAUCAGAGGAAGAAAUGUGAAGUCAGAGUCACUCACAAUGUUACUUUCUCUGGGUGUCGAGAAGUGAAAUUAACUGCCCAGGAGAUGAAGGUGAUCGGCUGUAACGUGUAUAGUCUCCAGGCUUCCGUCAUCGUCACAGAGGAGGGAACUGAUGUAGAGAUGAAACGUGAGGCUUCAGUUUCCAUCACUCGCAAUGCUGUCUCUUUCAAAACUAUCUACGAAGACGAGUACAUGAAGCCAAACCUUCCCUACACCCUCAAGGUGAGAGCUGAGCUGCCAGACGGUUCUGUUGCUGCUGGUGUUCCUGUAGAGGUGUGUGCAGCUGGUCGGUGCAACAACAUGACCACAGCACCAGAUGGUCUCUUCACAAUAGUCUUACCAGACUACACUGCCAGUCGCGUCAUUAUUCUGGCUUUGAACUGCCGCGCGAACAUGCAGCAGUCAGAGUUCUCCAAGGACCUAGACCAUUACUACUCUCCCUCCAACUCAUCACUCUUGAUCCACGCUCCUGAAGGAAAACUAAAGUGUGUGUCCGGGGAAGCUCAGGAGUACAUCCUGCCCGUGCUCUUCUCUGCCACCGGCCAGACCUCUGCAACUUUCAUUGUCCAGGUUGUUUCUCGCGGGAAGAUUCAGCACCAGAGUUCUCAAGAGUAUGAGCUGAGUAGUGGUGAGUUGCCCAUCAGUAAGGAACAUUUAGUGGACCCUCUUCCUCCUCCCCCUGAGAACACCAUCAGAGGAGUAGUCAAUAUUAAGGUCACACUUCCGCCCACAGCAUCUCCUAAGAUCAAGGUGUUGGUGUGGUACACACGAGAGGACGGAGAGGUGGUAGCAGACACCAGAGAGUUGGAGGUAGAGAAGUGUCUGCCUAACAAGGUGGACCUCACCUGGUCUGUUGCUAAAGCACAACCAGGAGCUGCAGCCUCACUGACUCUGUCAUCAGAGCCACACUCUGUGUGUAGCCUGGGUGUGGUAGACAGAAGCACCGAGCUGUUGGCUGUUAACCCUGAUCCCAUAUCACUUGAAGACAUUUUUAACAUUGCUGAAAGUUUCGACGUUUCGCGAUGGCAGAACUCUCAGGUCAACAACUAUCAGUACUGUGAAAACAAGAAACUGAGUGAAAUAGCCAAAGUCGCAGAACGCAUCAUAUAUUUUGAUCGAAGAUAUUCUUAUUACCGACUACGUCGACGUCUGCAGAUGUUUAUUAAGUACUUCGGAAAUAUAUCUUGA